AUGGAUGGAAAGCAACUUGUCACAAACAUCAUAGCUUUGAGUGUUUUGGUAAUCACCAUGGUUGUGAAUGUUUGCAUUCAGUUACGCACUGGUGUUCUAAAUUCUCACAGUUUCUUUAUAGCAACCAUUGAUGUGAUUAUGUUAUUCUUGAUGCUUAUGAUAUAUGUGAGUUCAGCUUUAACAAUUCUCAAGUCUAAACAAAUACUCGAGUCUAAAUACCAAGCUUGUCAUGAUAAAACUUUGAAUGAGCUAGCUGUGCAACAACCAAGACUUCAAAUGACGGAGAAGCUAACGCAAUAUUUGAACAAGCAUUGGGUUAUGGCAGUAUCUGGCAGCCCCCAAUUCAUGGUAGCACGCUCUGCUACAAGCUCUGCUGCUGGAGUAAUAUGUUGUAUAACUUCAUUUUUAAAUUUGAUGCCUUUGUCAAUAUUGUAUUCGGUGCCGGGCUGUAACUCAGAUUAUAAGUGGUCAACUUUAGUAAUCCUCAUGAUACAAUAUAUAGGGCUACUUAUAGGAUUACUUGCCCCCUUUUGGAGAUGUUAUGCAUUACUAACCUUAAUUUCUAGAAAAUGGAUUUGUAGCCAUAUCAAGGUCUUUAAAGUAGAGAGCUAUUGUACACAGAAGCUAUACGAAUGGAAACGGAGCAAUAUACCCCUUCCUAUCAAAAGUCGGAGAUGCAAAAUUGUCAUUCACACCCUCAAAGUAAUUAUUCUUAGUUUUUGUGUAGGACUUCAGAUGGUAAUUGUGGUAGCAUGCAAGAUGACAUCAUUGAUACCAAUUCUUUUUGUAAGUGGUGUUGUGUAUCGUUGGAAUUUGUUAAAGGGCUUGAUUAGUACCUUAGGUUUUGUGUGGGAAAGAGAGCCUCAAGAAUUACAACAAAGCGAAGAUCUAUGGCAGUAUGUUUUGCAACUGCAAGAUGAUGUGGAGCUUGCUGACGGAACAUUGAAAACCAUUUCAAAUUCUGUGAACCAAUUGAUCCAAAAGGCCCAAACGUAA